UAUUUCUACAAAGAUGAAUAACUUUGAAGACAAUUUGAUCUUUAAUUUUAAGAGAGUUCCAGAUAUAAAAGAUAUAAGAAUUAAUAUUGAAGAGAAAGAAAAAAAUAAUGAUCCAGUUUCAAAAAAUGAAAAAGAAAGUAAUGAACCAAUUCCAGAAGAUGCAGAAGAAAGUAAUGAACUAGUUUUAGAAGAUAAAAAUAAUUUAGAUAAUGAAUAUCAUGAAAAUGACAAGACAAAUUAUAUUAAUAUUUGA